AUGGAAGGAGAAGACCCAAACUGUGGUGACGUUGUAGUGCGAGCAGACAGUGAGGGCUAUGGUGGUCUGUCCGGAGUGUGUUCUUAUGGAUCGUUGCGACGCACACCGACAAUCCGCACAGCAACGUGGCGUGCUGAGGAAAGCCACGCCCUCGUCAAUCACCUCAUCAGUGUGAGCCAAUCAGAGAGCAGAAUGGAGUGCUGCGCGGCGUGCCUGAAUGACGUCAACUGUUGCUCUGUGAACUACGAGGAGACGACCGGGAGAUGUGAGCUGAACGGGACAGACGGCCGGACCUGCCCCGCCUCUGUUGUGCCUCGUGAGGGUUACGCCUUCUAUCAACCAACGGAGUGAUACAAUCCUGAAAGGCACUCAAUG